AUGUCUGCCCCGGAAACCAUGCAGGCCAUCGUCAUCACCGCCUUUGGAGGUCCAGAGGUCCUGCAACACAAGACCGUUUUGAAACCCGCUCCUACUUCAGGCGAAGUGCUCGUCCACGUGAAAGCAUUCGGCCUCAACCAUGCCGAGAUGCACAUGCGUAAGGGCGAAUGGGACGAAUGGAACCCCAUCUCCGGCCUCGAAUGCGUGGGCAUUGUGGAGGCCGAUCCUUUAGGGAAGUUCCAGAAAGGCGACAAGGUGGUCGGAGUGAUGGGUGGCAUGGGCCGGAAUCGACCAGGUGGAUAUGGCGAGUUCGUCAACGUCCCCGUCGCGAACGUGGUCAAGAUCAAGACGAACCUCUCUUGGGAGCAACUGGCCGCGUUGCCCGAGGUGUAUUCCACGGCGUAUUCGUGCCUCUUCACCAUCCUCGACCUGCGCAGGGGCGAGAGGGUCCUGAUCCGCGGCGCCACAAGCACCAUCGGUCAAGCGGCAGUUCAUCUGGCGGUGAACGCGGGGACCAAAGUGACAGCAACCACGAGACGACAGGAGCGGUUCGACAUGUUGACGAAGAUGGGCGUGGAAGACGCGGUCCUCGAAGAAAACCCGCUCAGCCAGCGCUUCCUCCCCGACCACAAAUUCGACAAGACGCUCAACCUGAUCGGCAACGUCGCCCUGCUCGACUCCCUCCGCCUCACCCGCGCGGGGGGCCGGAUGCUUCAAGCCGGAUGGCUGGGUGGUCUCACGCCCGUCAAGGACUUUAACCCUAUGAUCGAGAUGGAGCCGGGCGUACACUUUAGCCUGUUCCACAGCAAAGUGCUAGGCACGGAUGACUUUCCUAUGGAGAAGAUUCCCCUGCAAGAGAUUGCGGACAAAAUCGAGAGGGGGGAGUGGGACGCACGGCCGACGCAUGUGUUUGAAUACAGGGAUAUACAGAAGGCGCAUGCGUUGCUGGACAGCCAUGACGCGGGCGGCAAGAUUGUGAUUAAGCAUUGA